CGUCACCCCCACCUCGCCCUCCCGCUUCGCCAUGCGUCUGCUCCUCUCGCUGCUGGCGCUCAGCGCCGCCGCAGCACGCGCCGCGCUGCUCUACUCGCCCGCCGACUUCCACCUGCUCAGCGCCGUGCGCUCCGUCGAUCUCGCCUCGGGCUCGCUGGCGCGCAUCCAGGACAUCCACGUCGUGCGCCUGCCUGCCGCGCGGCAGCGCGACAGCACCCACGCCGAGCUCGACUACUUUCUCGCCCUCUCCGCCGCCGAGGCGGCACAGCUCAGCUUCUUCGAGUGUCUCGCCAAGUCGGGCGGCGGCCUGCAGGCGUCCGACCGCGCCGUGCUGCAGCCGGAGCGCGUCGUCGGCGCCUCGCUGCCCGGCUCGCAGCUCUUCCGCGUCGCGCUGCCCGCGCGCUUCUUCGCACAGCAGCACGACACCGUCGACGCGCCAGACGUGACGCUGACGUGCGCCAGUGUCGUGCUGCACCAGGCGGCGCCGCUGCCGCGCGAGGUGGCGCAGAAGGAGGACAUGUUCCUCCACUGGCGCGGCGACAGUGCGCCGCGCACGCUCUAUGGCGCCGACAAGGGCCGCGUCAAGGUCCGCGUGCCUCACCCUCGCAUUCUCUCCUUCGCCAACUCGGGCGGGGCGGAAGCGACCAAGUCCGGCACGACGAUCACCUUUGGCCCCUACGAGAGCAUUGCGCCUCUCGCGCCCGGCGCAGAGCUGAGCGUGGGCAGCGUGCACUACCUGCACGACAGUCCCGUCAUCUCCCUCGUCGACGCGGAGCGUCACGUGGAGAUUUCGCACUGGGGCGACAACGCGGCCGUCGAGGACCGCCUGUGGCUGCGCAACGAUGGGCCCCAACUCAAGGGCCACUUCUCGCGCAUCGACCACCAGAUGAGCUCCUUCUACACCAAGGACAACUCGCACGUGCUCAACUCGCUCGUCAUGCAUCUGCCGGCGGGUGCCAAGGAUGCCUACUAUCUCGACCAAAUCGGCAACAUUUCCACCUCUCACUUCCGUCCCUCGCCUCCUUCUCCUCCGCACAGCUUCACCUCGACGCACCUCCUGCCCUCGAACCGCGCCAGCUCGUUGGACCUCAACCCGCGCUACCCGCUCCUCGGCGGCUGGAACUUUACCUUUUCCGUCGGCUUCAACCUGGGCCUGAGCGAGGGCGGCUGGGGCAAGCACCUCGGCGGCGCCAAGUACAGCGUCGCCAUUCCUUUCCUCACGCCCAUCACGGACGUGGCCGUCGACAUGGCACGUACGCGCAUCGUGCUGCCCGAGGGAGCUUCCGACAUUUCCGUCUCGCUGCCCUUCUCCGUCGACUCCGAGACACAUGGCCUCUACACGACGUACCUGGACAGCACCGGGCGGCCCUGCGUGCUGCUGGAGCGUGCGCGCUGCAGCGACCAGCACGGCGGCAACGUCAUUGUGCGCUACUCGUACUCGCCCGCCGCGCACGCGCGCAAGCCCGUCGUCAUCGGCCUCAUUGCGCUCGCGGCGUUCACGGCCGCCAUGGUCGGACGGCGCGUGGAGAGCAAGAUUGGCGCAUAGAGAGGCAGACACGAAAUGCAAUGCAAUCGAACGUGCACACACGCGCA